UUUCCUGCCUGGUUAAAGGUGAGCACAGAAGGCAACAGUACUUUUUUACAGACACCACAAAAGAGCACUGUACUGCUUCAGAGGACACAGAGAUGUUAAAAUGCCUAAACUUUUGUUUUCAAGGCUUCGGUUUUAUGAAAUUAGGGACCUGAUGCAAAAUGUGAAGCGGCCCAGAAGGAUUGAUAUUGUUCUCAAUCGAAAGAGGCGCAAGAAAGACAUACAGGGCCUCAUGGUGCGGAAAAUAAAUGAUGAGCCAUCUCCCUCAAAACCCAGUUGGCAGACUGAUGAUAAACUCCACCCAACGCUGGAAAAACUGUUGCAGGACAAAAAAUAUUUAGCAGCGUUCUACACUUUUCUGCAGUCUGAGUUCAGUGAAGAAAACAUUGAGUUCUGGCUCGCAUGUGAGGACUUUAGGUUGACUGCCUCACCUGACAACCUUCGCUGCAAAGCAGAGGAGAUCUACAUAGAGUUCAUCCAGCCUAUGGCCUGCAGAGAGAUCAAUGUUGACCAUCAUAUUAGAGAGAAGAUCAAGUCGUCCUUGGAUGAACCGAGCCUCUCAUGCUUUGACGAGGCCCAGAAACAUGUUUACCUGCUGAUGGAAAGAGACUCUUGCCCUAGAUUCCUCCACUCUGAUGCCUACCUGAGUUUAAAGCACAAAUCCAGAACUUUGUGGUACAUCUAGCUGAGAGAGAAUAUUAUUGUUCCUAUCAAGACACUGUGUCAACACUGCUUUUUAAAUUCUCACAUUUUGUCUUUUUUUCUAUUUGACUGAACUGAAAAGUUAUUUCACAGUGUGUAAGAUGAUAAAAGAUGUUUUCUUUUAAAGGGCAGAGCUUCUCUCAUAUACUCUAAACCCAAACUGAUUUUUUUUUUCCCAAUUAUGGACAGCAUCAGUUUAUUUCUUUCUGAUGGUAAGAUGAUGUAUUGAUGAAAGUUGGGGAUAAUAGUAAAGCAGGACAAACGCCAAAGUAGAGAAAGGCAAUGUGAGUGGAAAGAAAUACACGUACGUGGGUUGAAAGGAUGCUGUUGGUAUGUGACAGUACUUUAGAUGAUUGUGCAGAGUUUGUAGUUGUUUGAAAUACUGUAUGUGUUAACUGAAAGUCUUAGUAAGUUACUGUGCUGAGUACAGCACGGAAAAUGAUACAGAUGAUAAAUGGUUUCUGAUAUGUAGAAUAAAAUGAUCUAAUUUUUCCUCAA